AACAAUGUUUAUCUCGUUUAUGAAUUGUGAAUGCGAUAGCGAAAGCAGCCACAGCGAUACAAUGUCCGUGGAGCAAUUGCUGCUAGCCGUGCGGGAGGAAACCGAAUCGGAAGACGACGACGACGACGACGACGACGAUGACGACAGCAAUGAGGAUGGCGGAAAUGAUGCGAAUGGCAGCUGUAGGGAGGCAGAUGGUGGCAGUGAAACUGAAUCGAGCCACACAGUCGAUUCGACAACCAGCGGUGCGCCACUGCUUCGCCGCUUCCGACGCUCGUCCAUUGGUAUGCAGCGCAAGGCGGCAUUUCGUCAAAGGAAAUUGGAUUCGUUGGGCACUUGGCGGAAGCGUAAUCCAUCCAUGACAAAGUUAUAAACGAUGUGUGCAUAUGUAUGUAACUGUAUUUACACAAUAGCAUUUCAAAGGCCUUUGAAAUUGAGAACUAG